UGUCAGUCAAGGAGAGGCGGUAAAAAAUUCAUGAAAGUGUGUGUAUUUUUACAAAAAUCUCAGCUUUUGUUAACUGUGAACUUAAUCUUUUUAGUUAGAUAAUGUAAUCUGAUCCGAAACCUGCAAAAAUGGAAGAAGACAAAUUAAUAAGAAGGAAGAAGAAGGCUCUGAAUGCGAGUAAUAGACGAGUUCUGGCCGAGGCUUGUAAUGAUUUGGCGACUUAUUAUUACAAACAUAAUCGUUAUAGCGACGCCCUUGACGAGUAUAAGCAUGAGGCUAGUAUUUGCAAAGAGCUGGGGCUUCGUCUGGAGUGGGCGACUUGCAACAGGAUGAUCGGUGAGAUGCACAUGCUUAUGGCGGAAUUUGACAAGGCCCUUAAGUAUGAGGAGCGGCAUUUGGCUAUUGCAAAAGAGCUGAAAAACUUAAUAGAAGAGCAGAGAGCUAUGGCAACACUUGGCCGGAUAUAUCUUCUGCAGGGACAAAGUACCACAAAUGAAGCAGAAGCCAGAACUUCACUGAAAGCUGCUGAAAAGGCGUUCAUGAAAAGUCUUGUGUUGUGUGAAAGUCUGCAUGGAAAAACUACUAAACACGAGUUGAUGGACAUGCGAGCCCGUCUAUUGCUCAACAUUGGUGUAGUCCAAGAACACCUUGGCUUCUUCGACAAGGCCAUAGACUGUAUAAGGAAAGCAAUCAGUAUAUGCUCCAACGAAGACUUGUUUGAGGUGCUACACAACUGUUACACCACUGAAGCGUCCCUUCAUAGCAAUAAGAAGAAGGACUAUGCUAAAGCGUUAAGCUGCUUGAAUAAAGCACUGGAAGUAGCUAGCAGACUUGAGGAUAAGGUAUUAAAAACUUGUGAAACAUUGUCUAUAAAAGCAGACAUUCUGUGUAAAAUGUCUGACUAUCAGAGUGCAAAGCAAGUUUUGCUGAAGGCUUGGAAGUUGAAGACCCCUGAUGAAGAAGAGCAUGAGAAUAUUGAAUCAAACCUUAAAGUUGUUGCAGCAAUGUGUUAUACAGAAGACCUGCUCAUAUCUAGUGAUCCAUCCGACCACAUUACGUUCAAGAAACUGUAUGAGAAGCUCGGUGACGGUGCAUGCCACUUGAAGAACUAUGCUGGGGCCGUAGAGUAUUACCUGAAGAUGUUGGACCAUGCUGAGCUCGCUGGUGACUGUGGGAAGACGCUUAUCCCUAUUUACGUUAGUUUAUACCAAACUUACAAAGACAUGGGCUCUUACAACGAAGCACUGGACUACUACGAGAAGGAGUAUGAGCUGAUUAAGGAUGUUCCCAAGGAGGCGUUCACCACCCUGUAUAAUAUCGCUGAAGCUCUGUUCCUUGCUAAGAAGCCAUACCACCAGGUCCAGAAAGCUUGCCUUGAUGCCAGGAAUGCUGCCAAGGAAUGGAACAAAAAGAAAUGCGAGAUCAGAGUGCUGAAAAGCUUGCUGAAGUACCAAGAGGAGUAUGGCGAAACUGACAAAAUGGAGGACAUCAGAAACGAACUAAGGGCGCUGGGAUAUGACGACUUCGAUAAUCUGGACAAUUCUGAGGAUGAACAGAGCUCUGUAGGAGGAGGCGACGAGGACACCACUCAUAUUGGUGAUGACGUGUGCCUUGACGAUCUUACAGACUUAUCUGACACUAAUGAUGAGGAUGUAGCUGAAAAGACGAGAGAAACCAGGAGACGUGGGAAAGGAUUCACCAUCAAGAAGAAUAUGAAAGGCGAAACACAACUGCAUGUGGCUUGCAUAUCAGGCAACAAGCUCCUAGUAGAGAGGUUGCUAGCCAAAGGGCACCCAGUGAACAUCCGAGACAACGCAGGCUGGUUGCCGUUACACGAGGCGUGCAUACACGGCCGCUUGGAAAUCUCCAAUAUACUCAUUGAUAGUGGAGCCAAUAUCAAUGAUAGGGGGGGAUCUAACUGCGAUGGUAUAACACCAUUGUAUGACGCAGCGAGCAAUGGUCAUUUAGACGUAGUUCAAUUAUUAUUGGAAAAGGGCGCAAUACCAUCUCUCAAAACUGACUUCGGCGAGACUCCGCUCAAUGCGUUACAAAAAUGGCGAACUAGCACCAUACUCACACACGACGAAGAAAUCCUAUACAAAAACAUCUGCAACAAAAUAAAUAAUCUAAUCGAAAAGACUGGUGGAGUAGACUUGAAUAGAUCGAAAUCAAAAACUCCAGUGAAACCUAUAAAAAAUGUGUCACCGCCAAGCACUUCGAAAAUGAGCAGUAGAAUCCAGGAGUUAAAUUCGCCGAUGAAAAGGCGGAAUAUUAUCGACGAUGAAAGUGAUGACGAAAUCAACGCGUCACAAAAUAGAAAUCAAGCGGCGUUUCCUUCUGACGACACGGAGUCUUCCGACGACCAAUCGGAUAACCGUAAAAAUAAUAUAUCUGGCGUAAAAGAAUACAGAAGCGCCAUAUCGGCUUUAAGGAACAGAAAUGCUAACGAGUUCCCUGAAGUUGACGUGAAAAAGUCCAAACCUAAACCAGCAUUACUGACUCCCAAUGAAGUAGAUGACGAUUGGCUUGACGACGAUUUGGGCAUAAAUAAACAAAAUAACAAAAAGAGAAAACUUAGCGACCCAUUGACUGUUGUAGCAAAGAAACCUUCACUGGAAAACUUGAAGAAUAGCAUAGAAAAUAUAAACAAACUCACUGAACCGUUAGUUGAAAGUAACAAAAAUUUAAAGCAGAAGAAAUCGCGGAUUAGCGAUGUCGUAGACAUAAGUGACAAUAGUUCCGAUUCUGACUACUUCCAAAGGAACGAAAAUGUGUGUCCGAAAGUAACUGCAUCAGAAUCUAUGGCGAAUAUAAGUAGAGAGUUGAACGAUUCUAAGUAUAGAGAUAGCAGGGAUGGCAUGAGACGACGUUGGAAGCGGCAAAGUACGUUACUCAAGGCUGGUUUUCAAAGAAAAAGAGACGAUGAUGUCUCAAGCAAUAGUGGGAGUGAAAAUGAAUUUUCUAGGAAAGAUGUGAGUCGGCGACAAACGCCUACUGGUUCCUUCUCGCGGCAUUCGUCUUCGGAAAACUUUAAAAACACAAACGACGGUUUUAACGUGGUCCAGAAUAUAAAUCCAAGUAUAAUGCAACCUGUGAAUGUGAUACAGCCGAUAAAUAUAGUGCAGUCUUCCAAGAAUGGACGGCCCAUGCAAACGCAGAUACUGCCUCCGGCGGCUGUGAAAGUGCACAUUGAGGAUAAGGUGUUGUUGAUCUCGCUGAAGUUGGACGCGAUGAAUAAGUUGACAAUCAGCUGGCUGGUUGAAGAAGUUAAAGCCAGAUAUUACAAGCUAACAGGCAUCCGUCCAGUAUUCAGCCUGAUGACGUCAGACGGUGCCAUCUUGUCGGAAGACGACCCGCUAAGCCUGGUGCUGUCGUCACCGGAGCUCAAGACGUGCGUCACCAACUGGAAGGCCUCGCCGGCUGAGGAGCGCUACUUGGAGUGCUGCGAUGCGUUGAGCAUACGUAAGUAUACUACAUUAGACGGCACAUCUGGUCUAGUGUCUGAUGACGUCAGACGGCGCCAUCUUGUCAGAAGACGUGCGUCACCAACUGGAAGGCCUCGCCUGCUGAGGAGCGCUACUUGGAGUGCUACGGCGCCAUCUUGUCAGAAGACGUGCGUCACCAACUGGAAGGCCUCGCCUGCUGAGGAGCGCUACUUGGAGUGCUGCGAUGCGUUGAGCAUACCGCCCUCAGAAGAAAUUCAACAAGCAGUAGGCAGGAGUCACACCACCCACAGGCUAGCGCUCGGUGCCAAAACUCUAUCGUUCUCGCAAGUCCGUCCUCUCUUUCGAGCGAUGACGCACCAAGCGCACAUCACCGCAGUCAUGAUAUCAGACAACAACAUCGGCGAUGACGGACUCAAGUACCUCUCAGAUUGUCUAUGCACCAUGAAACAGCUCACCCACCUCGAUAUAAGCAGAAACAACAUCACAGCUGAAGGAACCAAGCACUUGUUAAACAUAUUUGAGAAAGCUACACGGCCUAUAUGCCAAUCAUUGGAAGAAAUCGAUAUUAGCGCAAAUCCUAUAUCCGAUGAAGGGUUCAGAAAUGUAGUCAAAAUAUCACAACACGUUCGGUUAAGGGUGCUUAAGUUAAAUAAUUGUAGAAUAACCGAAAACGCUGUUAAUGAGACUGUAAAAUCUUGUACAAAUUUUAGUAAUUUAGAAACAAUAGAUGUUAGUAAUAAUGAUAUUAAGCAGCCUGUGGUUAGUUACCUGAUGAGUUCGUUGAAUCCAAAUGUUGUAACGGAGUUGGAUAUGGAAAAUAUUGGCGUGGAAGGAAACGCAGUUGGGUGCAUAGCUGCUUUUAUGGAUUCGGCGAAGGAGUUGAAAAUAAGGCGGUUCAGUUUGUCGCACUGCAAACUUGUGGAUGGACAGUUUAUGAGGAUAUUCAGAUCACUUGGGCGCGCCAAGCACCUUCAGACGGUUACAUUGAAACACAACAUGCUAACGUUCAUAUCCCUCAAGAAGCUACUGCAGCGACAACCGCCAGUCCCCCAGAUAAAUCUACAGGGUUGCCAGGAUAUAUUUAAAUACUCCCCAGACUCGGAUUUCACCGUGUGGCUACCUGCUGUCAACUUCGGCAGAUGCACACCAGAAAUUAACGUGACUCCAGUCGCGAAAUCUGACGCGGAGAGGGAGAGCUUUAAAAUAUUCUGUAAGACGUGGCUAAAUAAUUGCUUCAACGGGCGAGGACUGAUAGAACACGGUGAUGCGGGCGUCAUUAGGUUCACGGCGAAGUGACAGCCCUAUGUGUAGUAUUUGUAUUUAUUUUGUAAUUUAAUAACGAUGAAGUCACGUGGUG